AUGAUAGCCGAAAAACGGUUAUUAUAUGAGGAGAACGAAGGAAAGAGAAAGAAGCAAUUUAAAGAAACGAUAGAAGAGACUUUUGAAUAUGCAGGAGCCUCAUAUUUGGGAGAUUUCUUGCCUAUUUUGCAGUGGAUUGAUUAUGGGGGAUUUUUGAAAAGAGCGGAACGACUUGGUAAAAGAACUGAUAGUCUAUGGCAAAGUUUUAUCGAUGAACAUAGAAAGAAAGAAAUAAAGAACACCAUGAUUAGCCAUCUGCUUUCUUUGCAAGAAUCAGAACCAGAAUAUUAUACAGAUGAAGUUAUUAAGGGUCUUAUUCUGGAUAUUGUAUUUGGUGGGACUGAAUCAACAGCCAUUACAAUAGAAUGGGCAAUGUCAAAUUUACUUAAUGACCCUGAAGUUCUGGAGAAGGCAAAGAAAGAGUUGGACACAAAGAUCGAUGAUAAAGAAAGCUUGAUGGAUGAAACUGUUGUUUCUAAAUCACCAUAUCUUCAAAGUAUUAUAACAGAAACCCUAAGAUUGCAUCCACCAGGUCCACUCCUUAUUCCACAUUUAUCAUCUCAAGAGUGUAAUGUUGGAGGGUAUGAAUGUGCUGAUUCAGUGCUUGAAUGGAAGUCUUUGAUUCAGUGCUUUGAAUGGAGAAGGGUAAGUGAUCUGGAAAUUGAUAUGUCUGAAGGGAUUGGACUCACCAUGCCCAAAGCUCAGCCAUUAGUGGCCAUGUGCAAGGCACGUGAUAUCAUGACGAAAGCCCUAUCUUCUUCUCCAUGA